AAGGGGCGGUCGGCAAAAGGCGGCAGCGGGCAAAACUUCGGCGCGUCGCGGCAGCCGCUUUUGUGAUGGAGACAGAGUCCAAGUCUCACUGUGAUGAGCAGCACCCUCAUCAGGCUGAAGACACAAGCAGAAAGCUUGCGCUGAACAGUAAGCUUUCAGCAGGAAUAAAAAAAGAUAUCGAAAAACUUUAUGAAGCAGUGCCACAGCUUGUAAAUGUGUUCAAAAUUAAGGAAAAAAUUGGAGAAGGUACUUUUAGUUCUGUUUACUUGGCCACAGCGCAACUACAAACAGGAUGUGAAGAAAAAAUGGCUCUGAAGCACUUGAUUCCAACCAGUCACCCUCUGCGAAUUGCUGCUGAACUUCAGUGCCUCACAGUAGCAGGGGGACAAGACAACGUUAUGGGAGUUAAAUAUUGCUUUAGGAAGAAUGAUCACGUGGUUAUUGUUAUGCCAUAUCUGGAACAUGAAUCCUUCUUGGACAUUCUGAAUUCUCUUUCCUUUGAAGAAGCGAAAGAAUACAUGUUUAAUCUGUUUAAAGCACUGAGGCGCAUUCAUCACUUUGGUAUUGUUCAUCGUGACGUCAAACCCAGUAACUUCCUCUACAACAGGAGGCUGAAGCAGUAUGCCUUGGUAGAUUUUGGCUUGGCACAAGGAACUCCUGAUACAAAAAUUGAACUUCUCAAAACUGCCCGUUCUGAAGGCCAGCAGGGAAGUUACUCACAAAACAAUCCCAGCAUAGCUUUGGGAAAUGGGGAUUCUCUUGCUGUCACAGCACCUAAACAGAUUGCUCACCAGUUAGCGUCAAGAGCAUCUGACAAAAGCUCACUCUCCAGCUCACACUCAAAAACACAGAUUAAACAAGGAAGAGGAGGAAAGGAGGAUUCUGUGCACCAUUCUGCCCAACGCUCUGUCUUUGGAGAGAGGAAUUUCAACAUCUAUUGUUCCACAUACCAGGAGAACUCAAAUACGAAACUCAUUAAACAAUCUAAAAUGAUAGAUGUUUCAUCUAGAAAGUUAGUAACAAAGAAGAAGAUUAUUUCUACCAAAGCAGUGAGCAGGAAAGCUGCCAGUGGUUGUCCAUCAAACCUGACCUGUGACUGUUACGCAACAGACAGAGUUUGCAGUGUUUGCCUUUCAAGGUGUCAACAAGUUGCUCCCAGAGCAGGAACACCUGGAUUCAGAGCACCAGAAGUACUAACAAAGUGCCCCACUCAGACAACAGCAAUUGACAUGUGGUCUGCAGGAAUUGUGUUCCUUUCUCUGCUCAGUGGACGGUAUCCAUUUUACAAAGCGAGCGAUGAUUUAACUGCUUUGGCACAAAUCAUGACGGUUCGUGGAUCUCGAGAAACCAUUCAGGCUGCUAAAACUUUUGGUAAAUCAGUUCUGUGUACCCAUGUUGUUCCAGCACAAAACUUACGAACCCUCUGUGAGAAGCUGAGAGGAACAAACAGCAGCUCUAACAGAUCCCACGGUGACAUGCCCAGCAAAUCUGGAGACAACUCAGUUUUGCCAGUUGAAGUGGACAAACAAUGUGCUCCUGAGACAAUCAGAAAAGAAAUUCAGCACUUAAAGAGCUGUCAGGAAGAUGAUGCUUCAGAAAAUAAGGCAACAGACAUGAAGGGAUGGGAUCAGGUUCCUGAUGAAGCAUACGACCUACUUGAUAAGCUACUAGACUUAAACCCUGCAACAAGAAUAACUGCAAAAGAUGCUUUGCUGCAUCCCUUUUUUAAAGAGAUGAGACAAUGAGAACAUGCUCUGUUCAUGCUUUUGUACAUUUUAUGUGAAAAUGAGAUAAUUAAGGAGUUUUAAUCCAUUGCCCUUACACUCAUUGAAGUGCUAUUACACUGUGCACAGCACUACUGAAAUUGUCUCACAAUUGGACUGCAAAUGCAACUUCUUAAAAAAUGCUUGCAGAUGUAAAUAUUACAGAAACGUUACUGAAAUGUUCAAAUCCUGAGAUGCUUUUGAGGUGUUAUUACUGUGCAUACCUGUUCUCUAAGAAAAUUAACUUUGAUCUAAAACUAAAGAAUUUCUCACAAUAAGAUUAAUGCUCAAGAUACUCUCUCAAAACAUAGAAAUUUGCAUUGAAGUACGACUAAAAUGAAAAAGUGCUCGAGGGAUUUUUUUCCAUAAUUGCAUACCCCUGCUUUGUUUCCAAUUAGUACCUAGGAGACUAAAGUGCACAAAUUUUGUUGAGAUGGUUUUCAGAGAACAGUUUAACUUCAGGAGUGUUGCUGGAACAGGGGCUAGAUAGUGAAGUUUUAUCAUCAAAACAAAAGCAUCACUGUUUUGAAAGUACUUCUUUUCCCUGUCCCUUUCUACGUAGGCAAUAGUGAUAACUGCAGUUACUCAUUUUGCAUAGCCUGUAUUUCUUCUAUGCCAUUGGUAGCUGUCAGUACACAACAACUGUUGCCUUCAGAAUGUCUUGUGUGACAUGUAUGUUUGAUUUCUGUUAUGGAAACUGAU